AUGCCCUCUCAGCUGCUGGAUCUUCUGGAUCAUGGCAAGUUUUUGGUUCCGUUUGGUGAUGAUGAAGAACUCUUCCUGGUUGAGAAAUUUCACCCAAAUUACGAUGCUUAUGAUUUAGAUUUUCUCAGCUACACAUGCAAAGUGAGUAGGCUAGAUGAGGAGGCUGGCAAAUGGGUCGAGAUCGCCGGUGAUUUAGGAGGCCGUGUCUUGUUUAUAGGACACUUUGGGAAUGUCUGCUUCUCUGGUGAAGAGCUUCCUGAUGAUUGUGGUUUGAGUGGGGACUCGAUCGUGUUCACCAAUGAGAUAAGCGGUGUAACUUUUGUUUAUAAAUAUGGAGUGGAUACAGGAGAUGAAGAAGACGACCCCAACUGUUGGAGAUUCUCAAUGGAGUAUCGUGUGAAGCUCUUCAGGAAAACUCCGGUGUUGAAUCUCCAGGUCUUCAAGCAUCCUUUGGCAGGCAUGCACAUGCACUAG